AUGUUGAAAAUUACCAGAGCAAUAUUAUUAAUUAAUGCCGAUUGCUUUACAGCAUGGAGUAGGAGAAAGGAAUACCUGACGAACAACAAGGACAAUCGUGAUAUUGUUUUGAAGGAAUUAAAAUUUUUGAAUUUAGUAGCAACAAAGCAUCCAAAGAGUUGUGAUUCAUGGGAGCAUAGAAGUUGGAUCAUUAGAAAUUUGAUAUUUAAUAACGGAAAGUUCUUUUCCGAUAGGGACGAAUUUUUAGAAUUUUUUAAUAAUGAAAUUUCAAAUUGUGAAAAGACUGUAACAAUCUACCCAAGAAACUAUUAUUCUUGGUCUUAUAGACAACAACUUGUAAAUAUGUUAAUGAGCUGUGAUUUUUUACCUUCAAAGGAAGAGGUUAAUAGUAUUCGAGUGAAUCUUCUCAAAUCCAAAUUGGAAGAUUUAUUUAAUUGGUUGAAGAGAAAUGUGAGUGAUCAUUCAUGUGUCAACCACAUUAUUAUUUUAAUGAAAUCUUACAAAAGAGCUCUAUUGGAUUUAGGAAAUGAAAAGGAGAUACCAUACUUUUUAAUAUAUUCCUUGAAAUUAUUCUAUUAUAGCCAGUAUUUAAUUAUUUUCUUCCCUGGUCACGAAUCACUUUGGGUAUUGAGAAGAUAUCUGUGGAUUUACCUUAUUGACAACUCUGAUUUAUUUGAAAAAUAUUUUACUGAUGAAACACUUGGUGAAAUAAUGGAUCAAUUAAUUGAAAUUGCUAUGGAUCAAUUCAAACAUUCCUCAAUAGACAUUUAUCCUUAUGAACCCAUCCAACUGAGUAGUGAACUACUUUUAAUUCAGAGAUGUAUCAAUGAUCAAGAUGUAAUGGUUGGUUCCUCAUCACAAAUAAGACAUGCCCUUAUCAACACUCAUCAUGUUGUCAAGUAUAUGCAAAAAUUCUCAGAAAAACACUCUCAUGAAGGACUAAUAGUUCGUAACUUUAUAUCUGGAGAUUUACAAUUGGAAGAAACAAACAAUAAUGAACAAUCCAACAAGGUUUCUGAAUCGAUUCAAAGAUGCCUCUCCAACAUUACAACAAUAAUUAGAGAAUCAUUCGGUCAUGCUGGAAUUCAAUAA